UUUUAUUCGGCAAACAACAGUUUCUCACGCAGCAGCCGGCUGUUUUUCUAACCCUGAUUCUAACCUCAAAACUCGUGAUCAUGGAGCAGUAAAUAAAUAUUUCAAAGAAGAGGAUUCAAGAAUUGAUAAGAUGUGGAAAACGGUGAGGAUUUGCGAAAGACUAGCGGUACAAUUGAAGAACGUUUCGAAUUGCAAACGAACGUUCCUCUCCGAUGCUUACCGUUGCGACGAGGCGUGGAACAAGCGGCUCGCAUCCCCGUUGCUAGAAAAGGUAGAUUUAGAGAAAUUUUACAUAUUGCUUAGCCAGAAGUAUUCCAGAGAGACUAAGGCGAACGCGGUCGACAUAGAUAUAUUUGCAAACGCGAUAAGCGGAGAUGGUGAGGAGAUCGACGAGCUGAUAGAUCUCCUCUACAAACUGAGAAGGACGUCGGAAACAUCGCUAAUGUUAGACUCGACUCAUUACGCAGUCGUUAGGAGCUUCAUUAAAGCGAACCGCAUCGACGGGCUUCUUAACGUACUACACGACAGAGUAAACUACGGAGUCUUCCCAGACCACUGUGCUCUCAACAUUCUUAUCGAUUCGCUCGUAAAAAGUAAAGAUUACACAUCCGCUGCACGCGCCGCGGUGUUACUGAUGCUUCAGGAAGACUUUGAGAAUGAAAUAUCAAACGCACUCGUCGUCUAUGCCUGCCACAUGUACAUCAAGAAUCCAGGAGAUACUUGGAAAGAGCCGGAGCCUGUCGUAGACACGAGCAAGGAAGUGGUCAAGGUACGAGUCAGGUUUCUUAGGAAUCCAUACUUCGACGAUCACUUUGACCUCCAAAAGCCAGCUCAUCUAGUGGGAAAAACCUUAUCAAUGUAUGGCAAACACAUGGGUGAUUCGAUUGGGAGAACUUAUCAGCUAAUUGGCCUUACACUUUACGGGAAAUAUGAUGCAGCUACUAGUUUGGUCAGAGAAUGGACGCAGAAUGACACAAAGCAAGUUCUGUAUCGUGACGGAUUAGAAUUGGUUAAAAAUGAACUGGCCAAAAUUGCGGAGAGCGAAAUCACUGAUCAAAUCAAAGCUCUUAAUGAGGAAUUGAAAAUGUUGGAAGCUGCUGACUUGGUGAAUGAAAGUCUUGAAGCUGCUAUGGAGAAAAGAGUCAAAGAUACUGUUAGCCAAUUUGAGGAGAAGGACAUUGCUUUCCAACUUGAGAACUUUCCUAAGUGGGAAAACCAGAGGCAGUCUGUGAUUGACCAACAGCUAGCCGAACUGGAUAGAAAACAGAGACUAGAAAAUGUUGCCAAGAUAAAGAAGGACCUUGAAGAAAGAGAACGAGUGCUGACAUUCUUUGAGAACGAGGAAAAGAUCGACCUGAUAAUUGAGAGUAGGGAAAAUGAAGAAGAAAACAAACCAACUGAGAUCAAGCAACAGAAUGCUAAAGACGAGGAUUACAUACCCCCAGAAGUUCAUAGCAGAGCUCGACAAACUCGCUGAUUAACUGUAGACAUUUCAUACACAGCUAUUAUUUGCAACUUUUCACCACUUCUCUAAUCUAACAGUUAGUUCUGUAAUACAACGAUAGUAAUAAAUUUCACAGAUGAAAUA